CAAAACUAUGUAUCUUGCCCGAUGUUCGAAUUUUAAACAAAAUGUUCGACGCUUUUCGACACACGAAACAGAAUUUUGGUCUUCAUUUAAUGUCCCACCUCAUCAAAUGGAAGCAAACGCCGCAGAAUGGUUAUGUGAAAGGUGUUUUGUUUGUCGUGGCGAGUGAAACGAAGCAUGAAAUUAAUGCACUACAGUGUGAAUGUGAUUUAAAUUAGCAGAUGUACAGUAAAUUUCUGCCGUGAUCAAAUUUGUGACCGACAGGAUUUCGGAAAUGGCUUCCAUCGUUGAAAAAUCGCCUUGAAAAUCUAAGGAGUUCAUCAACGCUCGAAUAUACAGAGAGUGUUAAUCCCAAGGAGGUUAGAAUUCUUAAAUCAAAGCAGCAGCAAAACAUACUGGACUAAAACUGUUGAAUCAUGGAUAACAAAACGACUUCUCGACAGAAACCCGCAUUGUCCUACAAGAAUCUUCCACAUGCGAUGAUUAAUUCAUUCCACCGGCUGCGAACAGGCAUACAGCGCUUUAUAGGAGCCGUUACUGCGGUGAUUUCAUCGGUGGUCAACUUCUUCGUUAGAAUUUUCGAAGGAAUUUCCACCGCAUAUACUCAAGUAGCCAUACUGAUUUUGUCCAUGGUCGACUGGGUUCGACAGAUGUGUUAUUAUGACUACAAACAGUUCAUGUGGUGGGUCACAACUUUACCCAAGCAUUAUUACACAAAACUUAAAGAGGAAACCAGGAAAAAUAUCUGCAUACCGAUUUCCCAAGCGUUUUCAAGGAAAGCAACUCGUGUCUCUAGAGCUUUCAAAGCAAAACUGCGAGACAGCGAGGUAUAUGUAAGGGGCUUUUGCGAGCUCUGUCGACGGCUGUUUCUUCUCGCAAGCGAUUACACUCCGGGUGGAAAGUAUACAGUCACAGCGAUCCUUGCAAUCAUCGCCAUUAUCUUCUUUCUUAAAAUUCUAACUGUUAUCCGAUAUUUAUUUCAACUUCUGGAGCUCACUUACAGUAUUGCUGCAUUCCUCUUACACCCCUUGAUGCUUACACUACGCGACGUAUUGUUAUUGUUUGACCCCUUAUUUCAGAUUCUAAUCUCCCUCCUGCGCAUUGUUAUCUACGCAGUUUUUGCCAUCUUUAAAGCAGUCGGAAUUUUUUUCUGGCUAAACCUUGUCUCCAUUACAUCAGGUCUUUACAGGUGUUGGCAAAUAUUUGUUAAUUCUACAAUAGUCAAAGCGAUAUGGAGUUUUUUAGCAAGAGUCCUUUACGCCUUCUUGGAGUAUUUCAUCUUCGUAAUUGUGCCCAUUUUGUCAAAGGCAACAUACUACUUUGCGGAAUUUUCGUUCGACAUAUCCUCAAUUGGUUACACAUGGUGUUAUCCGUUGCUUAUUCGCGGAUUUUUGGAAGAAGAAGUACAAGGUAAACAAAUUGAAUAUUUGACACCAACUGGCGUUGGAAGCUGUGUGUUCAUUUUCCUGACCUUUUUGAUCGCCUACAGAUAUCGCAAUCGGCUCACUGGUACUUUUCUCUCAGAAAUUGAUGGCAAGCAAUGUGUCAUACGAUCAUCAGAUGCAUCGAAAGUAGAUCGGAACAAAAGGGUUAAUCAACGGGAAAAGAGAUCUACCAAUCGGAAUACGGCAAGUUACGACAGCUUACGAAAAAAGAUAUCGAAUGACGAGUUGAGCCUUCGCAAUCGUGGGAAAGCGAAAAAGGAUGACUCAACGGAACGUGCGUCUGAGAAUGCAACAGAAGAGCACAUCCACUACAGUUCGCAGGUCCACAUAUGCAUCGAUUACAUAUCCGGGACAUGUGAAAAAGGAAGCAAGUGUGACGGCCACCACUGCUCCCUCCCCUAUCACUGGCAAUAUCGCAUGUCCCUAGAGGGGUGGAAAAGUUUCAGUGAAAGAGACAACAGGAAGAUAGAAGAGUUCUUUUGUGAUCCCGCGAUCGACACCACUACUUCAACAGAGAUAGACAUGGUGGUGAAAUCUUACAGGGAAACAUCGCAAAUCAAAGACGCCGUAAAACUAGACUUUGAAAGCAUGAAGAUACAAAAAAGUUAUCACAGAGCAGACCUGAGAAGACUAACUACAGAGUCACGCAUCAAACAACAAGGCUACUGUCUGGCCACUCAUUGGCUCUGGUAUAGAAAAGAGGAGAGCGGCGACUGGGUCAAAUAUGGAGAAGAGAACAAUUCAGAUGCCAAGCAAGAUGAUCUUGAGAUUACUUUUCUUCGAAAAGACAGAAAUUACAAUUUCACCAGAAAUGGACAAGAAUUUUGUUUACAGUUCUUCAUGAAUCCUAUGUGUGAAAAAUCGUUCAGGCCAUACUCCAAGAAGAUCGUUCGGCGUCGGCCAGACUUCCGAUCUCCUGAUGACAUCCGAAGGUUAACUAAAGGGUAUGAAGUCCCAAAACAUUCCUGGUUUAGUCUUAGGAGGCUAUUUUGGUGGCGGUAGACAGUGCUUCGAAAAGGCUUGGUAUGUUUUCACCAGCCAGUGUAACCCUAACGCGUUGCUAGGAAACACAAAUCAUCUCGAUGAGACAUUCAGAGCUGUUUAGGUGCAUUUACACCAAUAACUGGUAGUGUGGAUACAAAAAUACAAGAAAUAGUUUCUCUUCAAAAAAUCCUCUUGACCUAAAAGUGUAAUAAUUUGAACAAAGACUCUAGGAAAAACAACCAAAGCAAGAAGUUUUUCAUUUAAGAUUACUUGAUAAGGACAAAUUCCGGGCAGUUGGUAAGAAAAUCUACUGAGGAAAGCAAAGUUUCAUUAUUAAACAACGUCAAAUUCUCUCAUCGCUACUGAAUAGAGAGAGUAAUUUGUCCUUGAGAAAUGAACUUGUCAAGCCAGCAGAACACACGCCAUUUUCUGUUUAGUUUCUGUCUUAUAAUUUUUGUUCAGGCGAGCGGAGGGCGUGUGUGACACUUGUCAAGAACAGCUUAAAUGUGUGAGUACAGUUUUACCUAUUGAGCAUGUGCAGCAACAAUUUAAAACUGUUGAGAAAUGGUGAUUUUUCAAGUCGCAGAGAACUUUUUUAAAAUUUUUUUUCUGUAUGCGAUAAAGAGCUGAAUACAAAAUGAAAGUUAGCUGUUUCGGUUGUUACCAAUUCCAAACACACUGGUUUGUUUACUCAAAGACAAAUAAAAUGGGUUAUUUAUGA